AUGCCACCUAAAAGAGGUGAUUCUCUGGGCGGCAUCCUCAUCUUCGGCACGCUCUACGCUGUCGCUGCGACAGGCAUCGCAAGCCUAUUUCCUCAAAAUGAUGAUAAGAAAGAGACUAAGGAAGAGACCAAACAAGAUGAGAAAUCUUGGCUACAAAGAAAUACCCGAGUUAAGGAACGGGGCUAUUAUAUCCGCCAAGCUCUAGAGGAAUUCAAGGACAACGAGAACACUGAACCAAGAAAACUAAGAAAAGCAGAAUCUCUCCCAUUAACUGAGCAAGAUCGCUUGCAAGGAGAGAGCUUGUUGAAGCGCUCAGAACAAUUGAUUAGAGACAAAGAAUCCUACAUCGCGUAUUUCAUGAACAGAAAUAAGAGCAAGAAUGACGGUGGGACUGAUAAAGAUGGGAAAUAUCAGUCCCCGGCCAAUUCUCAACCUCCCAACUUCCCCAACUUGCUAUCCGACACCAUUAUGAAUUGCAACACAGAUCCCUAUCUGCUAGGCUGA